CGUGUGCCGGGCCGGCAGGCAGCCCCAGGAAGGGCUUGGUUUCCAGCCCAACUCCUCCGUGCUGCAGGCAGCCCCGGGAACCCCGGGCUGCGGCUGGAAUGCUCUUCAUCUGCGGCAUUAGUCAGCAGCCUUCCCCCGCGGAAGGACGGCUCUUUCCCAGCUUCUGACACGUAAUUCCGAUCCCAGCCUUUCACGUACCACGCACUCCCCACCUGCUCAUCUGGGAGAAGGUCAUUAUCCCCGGGCUAUUCACUGGCAGUGGAGCAUGCAAGAAUAGAUGCUUCUCCCAUUGUGCUGCCUAUCUCCCGGAUUGGCUGGAGAGUGUGGGAAACUCCACCGAGCCGGAGACCCACAGACUCUCAGUGAGGUGGCACAGUAUAAAUAUCAGGCAGGGCCAGCUUCCAGCCGCACGUUUCUCCUGGACUUCCACUCCGAGACCGUCCUUCCUGCAGGCAGAUGGCUCCCAGCAGUGUUUUCCUGGAGCCAGACAACCUCCUGUCACCAAAGGAGAAAAACAAACUGAGGAAGCCGGUGGUGGAGAAGAUGCGGCGUGACCGGAUUAACAGCAGCAUCGAGCAGCUGAAACUGCUCCUGGAGAAGGAGUUCCAGAGACACCAGCCCAACUCCAAGCUGGAGAAAGCUGACAUCCUGGAAAUGACUGUCAGCUACCUGAAACAGCAGAGCCAGCUGCAGAUGAGGACUGCAGGAUCCUUCCAUAAAAACUCUCAGUUUGACUUCAGAGAGGGUUACUCUAGGUGUUUGCAAGAAGCUUUCCAUUUCCUCUCUCUUCAUAAAGUACGAACUGAAACACAGACCAAGCUUUUAAGUCACUUCCAGAAGAACCAGUCACCUGCCACAGAGGUCACCUGUUCCCCGGGGAUCCCCAGCACCCUGAAACAAGCAUCUCCAAAAGACAUCAGCACUCUCUGGAGGCCCUGGUAGUCAGGAGAGUCCUUACUGUGUGGACCUUUGCCUUUAAUAGUCCAGAGGAUGGAUCCAGCUCUGAUCCUCUUUUCUGUAGGGAAUUUUGUUUCCCCUUGUCUUUUAUUUAUGUGUGAAAAGAAUGUCAUACUUUGGACUUUUGUGGGAUCCUUGGGCUAAAGUUUAGGCAUUCUGUUGAGUGGUAUUGAAUCUGUGUGGUGAGAGCACACAGC